GAGAACCGCGGGCAGAGAGACUGCGAGAGGGACGGAACCGCGGACUGGGGCUGAGGCUGGGGCGUCGGGCAGGGGCAAGGGCUAGGGCGUCCUGGCUCCCAGCUCCCGGGCGGCGGCGGGGAAGGGGCUCUGAGGGUUCCGUUGGUGGAGGAUUAUUACUGCAGGAUGACUCCAGCUGUUGGGAAAUAACUGAGCAACUUCUGGAGUGCCCUGGCCUCAGCAACAAGGGAAGGGGUCUUGGGGUCUCCUGGACAGUAACUUGGGUGCUUCAAGGUCACCCAUGAUCUUCAGGAUGGAAGCAGAUGGUCUGGAGUGGCUCUUCAUCCCUUUACACCAAAUAGUGUCAUGGGGUGCCUCGGGGGCCAUGGUGUUUGGAGGCGUUGUGCCAUAUAUACCCCAGUACAGAGACAUCAAAAGAACUCAGAAUGCUGAGGGGUUUUCCACUUACGUAUGUCUAGUGUUAUUAGUAGCUAAUAUUUUACGGAUCCUGUUCUGGUUUGGAAGGCAUUUUGAAUCUCCUCUUCUGUGGCAAAGCAUUGUUAUGAUCUUUACUAUGUUACUGAUGUUGAAACUCUGUACUGAAGUUCGAGUGACAAAUGAGCUGAAUUUAAAACGUCGUUCCUUUGCAGCUGCAGAUAGUAAGGAUGAAGAAAUCAAAGUUCCACCCAGGCGAUCCUUUCUGGAUUUUGAUUUGCACUAUUUCUGGCACUGGAGCAAGUUCACCGAUUACGUGCAGUGCGUGUUGACUUUCACGGGAGUGACUGGAUACAUCACUUACCUCUCUCUUGAUUCUGCUCUGUUUGUGGAAACAUUGGGGUUUCUUGCUGUAUUCACAGAGGCCAUGCUGGGUGUGCCACAGCUCUAUCGGAACUACCAGAAUAGAUCCACUGAAGGAAUGAGCAUCAAGAUGGUAUUAAUGUGGACCAGCGGUGACACCUUUAAGACCGUGUACUUCAUCCUGAAUCAGGCCCCUUUCCAGUUCUCCAUCUGUGGUUUGCUGCAAGUGCUGGUGGACAUGGCCAUCCUGCUGCAGGUCUACCUGUACACCUACUACCCCCAGAAGCCAACAUCCCAUGCGGCACACCCAGUUAGUGCGAAGGCCCUCUGAAGGCAGAGAGAGAAAGGACACCUGCUGACACUGAAGGGGACACCAGCCUGACGGCUCUGACUCUGCUUUCCUCAGCAAGAGCCUGGAGAUACAGCUGCCUCCUUCCAAGCAAAAGCAAAAAAGGACUAGGAAAUGUACUGGGGCCACUGGUGAGGCUGUGUGGGAGCAGGGGGAAAGGCAUGAGGAAGACGAGGGAAGAGUUGAAUGUCCACUAUCUUUAAUAAUCUAUUGUGCUUCAGUCUCACUAGUCAGGGAGGAUGUCAAAAGUCUUGGUUUUGAUAGGUUUUUCCCCCAUACAUACUCAUGGGCCUUAUUCUUGCUAGGAUAGCAUCAGUAUAUUAUUAUGUAUGCAUGCUCAUAAUUGAGCAUUUAUAUGGAAAUGUAUUUUAUAUCUCAAGGGCUGGGUUUUAAUUUUUUAAAUGAUAUAAAAAAAGUUUUCUACCCAUUACCCCCCCCCCUUUAAAAAAACCUACCGCCCAUAAAAGUAUUUGAUCUGAAUUCUUAACAUAUUUAUAAAUAUUAUGCACAUUGGAAUUUAGGUGUAGAGUACUCACUAGAAAAGCUAGUUCUCUUGAUGUGUUGGGGAGCAGCCAGCAAAGCCAGAUGAAAGAGAGAAAAAGAAAAAUGAUCUCAGUUAUCAAGGGGAAGCAGUUAAAAUUCAGUUUCAAAUCCCCAUCUCUAAGCACAGGUUAUCUCUCUUGUAAAAGGUUGAAUCCCCAUUUGGCACACAAGCACCAGUCACCUUUUAAAGGGACGAUCUUUUAAUUUCCCUUACUGCUGGGCAGGAUAGGGAAUUGUUUUGACUUCCUGGAGACCUUGUAGUACUUAUGAAAGUUGCCAAGGGUGAUGAUGAGUUGCCCUCUUAGGUCUGAGUAGGGCCAGAGGAUGUUGAUUGCCUCCUGCCACAGGCAGUGACAAGGAAAGAUUGGCAAAAGAGAGACCAAGGUUGGGUAAGCUCUGCCAAUCCUGGUCAUGGCUUACUCACAGCCCCGGCUGCUGCUACAUGAUGGCAGCACCUGAGUAGAAGAAGAACUCUGAUGGAAAUUUGUGAGUAACAGACAGUUGGAAAGGAGGAAGGUCAGAAAUACUGACAGAGUGACCAAUAAUUCCUAGGUUGAAGAAUCAACAGACACAGAUCUCCUUUAUUUAAAAAAUAGCUCUGUUAGCUCACCAUUUACUCUGACAGAAUAACUCAGUGCCAAACAGUGAUCAUUUGGGACCUGAGGGAAGAGAACAAGGGAAACAUUGUUGAAAUUGAUGGCUGGACAAUUCUUCUCUUGUCUGCAGCUCUUCAGAGGGAUUCAGUACUAGGUGCAGGCCAGAAGGAUCACUGAAAAGGUUAGUGAGGGACAAAUAAUUUUAUAUACCUGAACCAUAUAUGUGUGUGUAUAUAUAUGGGGCUAUAUAGUUUAUAUAUAUAGUUACAUAUAUAUGGUUGUAUAUGUAUUUACAGUAUACAUAUAUAUGGAAAAGAAGUUCUACAUAAUGAAUUUUAUAUAUACAUAUGUAUUUAUUUGGCUAGUGUUGGUGUUGAUUUCUGAGAGCCUGUGUUUGGAAUGGAGCAUUUCUAUGGGGUUCUGGUUUGUAAUUUUCAUCACCAAUUGCCCUUGGCUUCUACCAGUUGUUCCCAGAGGCAGACAUACCUAAUGAACCUUUGGGUACCAGGAUGUCCUGAAACUUCAGGGCACUGUUGUGUCUUUGCUGGCCUUCUCCCUAAGACCCACUUUAUUUACUGCCACACUAAACACCACUGUGGGUAUAGAUGAGGAUUUCCUUACCUCUGGAGUCUCCUCUGGGCAUCUGAUAAUCCUUUUUUAGGUCAGGAAGAGCUCAGGGGAUACAGCAUCCAAUGCCUUCCUUUAUUACAGAUGGUGGUGUGCACUGGGUCUGUGUGCUAGCUGAUGCCGUACUCUGCUGAACUAGAUAAAGGGGCAUACUUUCAGUAGUGACAAAGAAACAUUGAGGAUCUACUGUGUGCAAGGCACUGUGCCUGCAGUCUUCUUCUGUUUGAAUGUUAGUCACUCAACAGAGAGAAUCCACACAGUUCCAGAUGGGUUGGCUCUUGUGUGAUUUCACUCUCUGGUAAAGCUUGACCUCAUGGUUCCCAUUUCCUAGGAGGGUCAGGGGAAUCCAUACCUCUUUCUCCUUGGAGACAUAAUGGCUAAAUCCCGUCUUUGGAUGUAUUUGCUUUUUUUUUUUUAAGGUCUGUUUUCUCUUUUUUUUUUCCUUCUUAACAUUACACACACAUGUGCACACAUAGCAUUUUACUUCUGUUCUUCAGGAAAGUCCAAUGGCACAAGCUACUGGGAGAGGGGAAGCCUUAGACAAAGGCACAGUCUCACCACAGGAAUAAACUCUGUGCCAGUGACACUCAUUAUACCUAAAACUCAGGAAUGCUGUUCUUUCAAUGGCCUGGCAUGGAGUGCUGUGGGCCCAACUCCAUUGAUUUUGUUUGGUACCGUAUGCUCUUAUGCCUAAAGUGACCUUACAAAGAUGGCAUAUGGGUGGCAUGGUGGGCCAGGAACAUCUUUGCCUGCCCAGCUUCUUCCUUAUUCCAGUUCUGUUCUCCUGACCAACCUGACUUCUCUACUCCCAGGUUAAUUUACCUUCUUACCAUGGCAGAAUCCACCUGUUUGUAUACACACUGUCACUCUGUCUUUUGAUGCCUGGCUGUGCAGAGUACAGCCAAGUAUUACUGCUUGAUAGUCCUUACCUAGAUUUCUUGUUAUGUAGGCAUGUGAUAGCCAAAAUUUAGUUCUGGGCUAUUUUCUAUUCUGUUCAACCCCCAAAAAACUAGUUUAUUUAAAGUUCAUGAAAUAGAUAAACACAAAAGACCAAGUAUUUGAAAUACCUAUGUCUUGCUAACAGGUAAUACUAAGAAGAAAAUGGCAGUGUUGUUUCUUUUUCUAUUUGCAGGGCAGAGGAAAUGUUUUCUGUUGCAGAUGCUAACUUGUCUGCAGUCCAAACCAAAGCUCUAUGGACAAGUCGUGUGUUCUUUCCAAAGGGGCUGCAGGGUCCUAGGUGCCGGGGUAGUGGAAUAAUGCUUGAAGUAUGUGCGGGGAAUGAACUCCCUUGGACAUUUGGCCUGUAAGAUGCUUUAAGAAUGUCACUAAGUUUUACAUAAUAAUAAAAUAAUAAAUGUAGGGAGAUGUCUGUCUAUAGCAGUAAUUGCCUCAGAGUUAACAUGUGAAGUGACUUACAUCAGGCACUUUUCUGUUGACUAUAUGAUACACAUUCUGAAGUAUUCACAGUAUUUGUUGAUUUUGGAGACUUUAAAUAAACACAUACAUGAAUUCA